AUGGAAGAGUUAAAAUUACCGGAAAGACUGUUUCACACAGGUUUUGAACCGAGUGGGCGCAAGCGAAUUAACAGCUAUUUCAACUUGAGAUGGAUCGAGGUGAUUAACCAAUGCAUAUCCACAGAGCAGAAGGAGAUAUUGGCAGACUCACAGUUCCGCCAAAUACUCCAUAUGGGACAGCAUACAUUCUCCGUUAUGUUCGUCCACCAGCUUCUAUGCAAGCAGUUGGUAACCCGCAAACUAUACGAGCUGUGGUGGACGUUUGCAGGGAAGCCCAUCCGCUUUGGAAUAGGGGAGUAUGAGUUAGUCACAGGGCUUAAUUGUUACAAGGCUACUAACAACACAUGCCUUGGAAGAAACUCAAUGGGGGGACACCGAAAGAAGAAGGGCAAAUAUGUCCCAUGUGAUGGAGCGGUUUGGAGAUCCUUGUUCGGAAGCGAGGAUAAGAUUACCCCUGAGUGGAUUAUAACCCGUCUUGCUAUGGGUGCGAAAUACAAAGACGCUGACACGCGGUUGCGUCUUGCAUUGUUGCUUUUGGUGGAAGGCAUUCUCUGCCCGACAUGUAUGGCAACCACAGUGAGACCGGAGGUUGUGGAGUUGGUCGGGGACAUUGACGCGUUUCUUAAAUACCCAUGGGGUCGAGAAUCGUUUAUAUUAACAGUUCGUAGCGUGAAGGCUCGGACGCCUGCGCAGUAUACGAACGACACGACCGCAGUUCAGGGGUUUGCCCAUGCCAUUAUCCUUGUUACUGCUUGCUGCUGCCCACAGAUUGUAGCUGAACCUGGAGGGGACUCUGAACUUGGGGAUGAAGAGCUAACUAUUGAAGAGAUUGUCAAAGGAGUGUGUGGUAGCAGUUUAAAAAUCAAUGUUGUUACAACCAGAAAUUUGGAAUUAACAGGCCAGGCAUCAGUUCGGUCUAUACUAUGUCCAGACCAUGACAUAGAACGGUUUGACGAUGAAGUUGACGAUUUAUCUGUCUCUCACAUGGUCUCACUUAUCAAGGAGGACUUCCCCUUCGAGAUUAACAGUUGGCUUGGGGGUGUUAAGGCAAACGAAGCUAAGAAACCUAAGUAUCCCUUGGAAGACUGUUUGGACGGACCGACCUUCCCGCCAGCCGGGAGUCAACCAACCAUUGCGCCUAGUGGUGAUGGUGGUGGCUCUACAAUGGAUGUUGAAGAUUGUUUGGACGGACCGCGUGGAAGUCAACCAACCCAUGCGCCUAGUGGUGGUGAUGGUGGUGGUGGUUCUACAAUGGAUGUUGAAAGCCUCCUACGACUUGCGACGGAUGCUUUUGAGGAACGUGCUGUGUCGAUGUUUGCAGGAUAUACCCUAAGUGUUAAAGACCAUUUUGACCAAGGGACUUCCUCUCUCAAGGAAUUGGUUGGGGCCGAGUUAGCCGAACUUAAGAGGAUGCUUCGACAUGACAAUGCGGAUGGCGCCAUUACAACAUCUACUGCGCCUUCGGCAGCAAAGCCUAAUGAUGGAGGGAUUGGUGAAGGUGGUCCCACAAAUGGUACAAGGCAUACGGAGGAAACACAAGAUGGUAGUCCAAAUGGGGAUUCUGCUCGGCAAGAAUUGUGUGUGCCUCCUACAGCAAGUGGAGAGAGGUCACCAGAGAAACCUGUCAACAAUGUGCUAUCAUUGGAUGCUAGGCCUGAAGCACCAAUCAUCCAUAGUAGUGAUCCUUGCUCCCCGGAUGUCCAACAGAUCAUAGCUUCAUCUCAUUUGCUUAAUGAUGAUGUUCUUAGGGACAUUGAGGACUCAACUUCUUUUUCGCUGAAUGAAGUCUCUACUGAACUUCCAAUGUUUAAAGAUCCAGGCAGGUUUGUUCUAACUUCUGUCGAGAAGGCACUCACGGGUGCUAGUGAGAGAGGGGAGUUGAGUUUAGCAGAGCCUAUAGUUAAGACUUUGGUUCCCCUUUUGGAGGAGCUGGCACGUGUUGCACCCUCUACUGAUCCUGGUCUACAGCAUGAUGCAACAAGAGUAGCACUUCAAUGGGCUAGGAUGAUGGGAAGUAGCGUUGAAAAGUCGCAGCUCGAGGCUUGGGCUUUUCUGCAGUUCAUCGUGGCGUUUGGACUGGUGAAACUAACUACACCAGAUCAAAAUUUACAGCUUGCCUCGCGUGUUGCUCACUUCAAACAUGCUCCAAAACUCUUUGAAUCUCUUGGUCUCACUCAUGCCAUCCCAAAUUUUGUCACAGAGCUACUAAACAAAGCCAUGCAUAUUCCUGCAAUCAGGUUUAUGCUUUACUUCAAGGUGGAGAACAACUUUUCUCCACUGGAGUUGUUGAAGGAACAGAUCAUCAAUCUCAGACUCUCAGCCAAGGAAAAGAGAACAACACAUGAAUCACAGGCUGAUGCUGCUACAAUGAGGGACAUAAUGGAACUCAUUGAAGACUUCAAGCUUGAAAUUGACAUUCCUGUGGAUCUUAUCUUCAAAUUCAUGGUUCCUAGAGAAAUUCAAACCCUUCCAGUUCAAUCACCUUCACACACAGUCUUUCAAAGCUCAUGCAUUGCCACUUAUGGCUCAAACCCUAGCCUUCCAGCAAGCUUUGAUGCGGCACCAGAUCAACCUGUUAACGUGGAAACGUAUGAAGCUGGUGGUUCAACUGAGUUCCAAGGUCAAUCUUCACAUCAAGCUGGUUCUAAACGUCCAAGGGUGGUGGAGGAUCCUGAGGGUUCUAGACCGGUGAUUAGACCUUGCUUCAAUCGACCACCAGGCUUUGGCAGAUUCUAG